AUGGCGGCGGAUCUGAACCUGGAGUGGAUCUGCUCCUUGCCCCGCUCCUGGACUUACGGGAUCACCCGGGGCGGCCGAGUCUUCUUCAUCAACGAGGAGGCGAAGAGCACCACCUGGCUGCACCCAGUCACCGGCGAGGCCGUGGUCACCGGGCACCGGCGGCAGAGCACAGAUUUGCCUACUGGCUGGGAAGAAGCAUAUACUUUUGAAGGUGCAAGAUACUAUAUAAACCAUAAUGAAAGGAAAGUGACCUGUAAACAUCCAGUCACAGGACAGCCAUCACAGGACAAUUGUAUUUUUGUAGUGAAUGAACAGACCGUUGCAACCAUGACAUCUGACGAAAAGAAGGAACGACCUAUAAGUAUGAUAAAUGAAGCUUCUAACUAUAACAUGACUUCAGACUAUGCGGUGCAUCCAGUGAGCCCUGUAGGCAGAACUUCACGGGCUUCAAAAAAAGUUCAUAAUUUUGGAAAGAGAUCAAAUUCAAUUAAAAGGAAUCCUAAUGCACCUGUGGUCAGACGAGGUUGGCUUUAUAAACAGGACAGUACUGGCAUGAAGCUAUGGAAGAAACGCUGGUUCGUGCUUUCUGACCUUUGCCUCUUUUAUUAUAGAGAUGAGAAAGAAGAGGGUAUUCUGGGAAGCAUACUGUUGCCUAGUUUUCAGAUAGCUAUGCUUACCUCCGAGGAUCACAUCAAUCGCAAAUAUGCUUUUAAGGCAGCCCACCCAAACAUGCGGACCUAUUAUUUCUGCACUGACACAGGAAAGGAAAUGGAGUUGUGGAUGAAAGCCAUGUUAGAUGCUGCCCUGGUACAGACGGAACCUGUGAAAAGAAUUACAUUUAAUUUUCGAGUGGAUAAGAUUACAUCUGAGAAUGCACCAACUAAAGAAAUCAAUAACUUUCCCAACCAUAGAGUGCUAAUUAAACCAGAGGUCCAAAAUAACCAGAAAAACAAGGAAAUGAGCAAAAAUGAAGAAAAAAAGGCAUUAGAAGCUGAAAGAUAUGGAUUUCAGAAGGAUGGCCAAGAUAGACCUUUAACAAAAAUUAAUAGUGUAAAAUUGAAUUCUCUGUCGUCUGAAUAUGAGAGCGGGUCAACAUGCCCGGGUCAGACUGGACACUACAGGCCAGUCAAUGUGAAUAGUUCAGAGAACAAAACGGUCAAUGUUGGCCUGGCAGACCUUAGAGGUGGAAGUCACCCAAAUACAGGGCCCUUACACACAGAGGCUGAUCGAGUCAUACAGAGAACGAAUUCAAUGCAACAGCUGGAACAGUGGAUUAAAAUCCAGAAGGGGAGAGGUCAUGAAGAAGAAACCAGGGGAGUAAUCUCUUACCAAACAUUACCAAGAAAUAUGCCAAGCCACAGAGCCCAUAUCGUGGCCCGCUACCCUGAAGGCUAUAGAACACUCCCAAGAAACAGCAAGACCCGGCCGGAAAGUAUCUGCAGCGUAACUCCUUCCAUUCACGACAAGACAGCUGGGCCUGCGGCCGAAGAGAAGCGGAGAUCCAUGAGAGACGACACCAUGUGGCAGCUUUAUGAGUGGCAGCAGCGUCAGUUUUAUAACAAGCAGGGCACCCUCCCUCGCCAUGGCACCCUGACCAGUCCUAAAACCAUGGUUAAUAUUUCUGACCAGACAAUGCACUCCAUCCCCACAUCACCUUCCCACGGCUCCAUAGCUGCUUAUCAGGGCUACUCCCCUCAGCGAACCUACAGAUCAGAAGUGUCUUCACCAAUUCAGAGGGGAGAUGUGACGAUAGACCGCAGGCACCGGGCCCAUCACCCCAAGCACAUGUAUGUGCCUGACAGGAGGUCAAUGCCAGCUGGCCUAACCUUACAGUCUGUUAGCCCCCAGAGCCUCCAAGGCAAAACGCCAGAGGAGCUUACGCUGCUGCUUAUAAAGCUGAGACGGCAGCAAGCGGAACUGAGUAGUAUCCGGGAGCACACGUUAGCACAGCUCAUGCAGCUAAAGCUCGAGGCGCACAGCCCAAAGAAUGAAAUCCUUUCACAUCACCUUCAAAGGAACACCAUAUAUUUGGAUCAUCAGAUGAAAGAAAAUGAACCUAUUAUCACCAUGGUUCACACAAUGAUUGAGAACUCGGCGCUAAGACCCCAACUGUACCAGCAAUUCUUAAGACAGAGGAACAAGAUAAGUCUAUAUUGUCUGUCACAGGAUGAAUGUAGAGGGACAUUAUACAAAUACAGACCUGAAGAAGUAGAUAUUGAUGUCAAGUUAAGCCGAUUAUGCGAGCAAGAUAAAGUGGUACAUGCUCUGGAAGAGAAACUUCAGCAACUCCACAAGGAGAAAUACACGCUUGAGCAAGCUUUGCUGUCAGCCAGCCAAGAGAUAGAAAUGAAUGCAGAUAACCCAGCAGCCAUUCAGACCGUGGUGUUACAGAGGGACGAUUUACAAAAUGGACUGCUUAGCACGUGUCGAGAACUCUCUCGGGCCACUGCCGAACUGGAACGAGCAUGGAGAGAAUAUGAUAAGUUAGAAUAUGAUGUAACUCUCUCCAGGAACCAGAUGCAAGAGCAGCUAGAUCGCCUUGGUGAAAUUCAGGUACGGAAUNNAGGAAUUCAGCGUGCACAACUUCAGAAAGAACUCUGGAGAAUUCAGGAUGUCAUGGAAGGACUGAGUAAACACAAACAGCAGAGAGGCACUGCAGAAACAGGUAUGAUAGGAUCAAAGCCUUUCUCAACAGUUAAGUACAAAAAUGAGGAAGAGGAAGUAGUCCCACCUCGUCCUCCACUUCCUCGGUCCUAUGACUUUACAGACCAGCCUCCCAUAAUCCCCCCUCUGCCCAGUGAUAGCAGCUCCUUGCUCUGUUAUAGCAGGGGCCCAGUCCAUCUGCCCGAAGAAAAGAAGAUUCACCAAGUUCAAGGAUAUCCAAGAAAUGGAUCUCACUGUGGUCCAGAUUAUAGACUCUACAAGAGUGAACCAGAGUUAACAACAGUGGCAGAAGUUGAUGAGUCUAAUGGAGAAGAAAAAUCAGAAUCUGUUUCAGAAAUGGAAACUUCUGUUAUUUUCGGUUCCCACUUUCCGGUUGGAGUAGUUCCUCCAAGAACAAAAUCACCAACACCCGAAUCUUCGACAAUAGCCUCAUAUGUAACCUUAAGGAAAACUAAGAAGAUGAUGGAUUCAAGAACGGAAAGACCAAGAAGUGCAGUGGAACAGCUCUGUUUGGCUGAAAGCACUCGACCUAGGAUGACUGUGGAAGAGCAAAUGGAAAGAAUCAGGAGGCAUCAACAAGCAUGCUUAAGGGAAAAGAAAAAAGGAUUAAACAUUAUUGGUGCUUUAGACCAGUCACCCUUACCAAGUCCUUCAAAUUUAAGGGAUAAUCCAUUCCGGGUUACCCAGACUCGAAGAAGGGAUGAUAACCUUAAGGAACUGGAUGCCGUCAUUAGAGAAAAUGAUGUGAAGCCAAACCAUGAAACUCCUGCCACAGAAACUGUUCGACUAAAAGAAGCUGAACCUCAAAAUACAGAUUUCAGCGAAGAGUUUAAAAAAGCUGAAAAUGCUUUUUCCGAAACACUUUUCACACCUGAGCCAAAUGGAGUAAAUUCUGAGGAAGUGGUGGAUAAAGAAGAAAACAAAGAAAAGAUGCCCAAGGAUGUUCCAUACAGCCCUCAAGAUGAGUCACAGAUCCCAAAUCAUAAACCAGAAGGCCACCCUGAAGAAAAUACAAAGGACAAUAUUCCUGAGCAGGAAGAAACUGUUAUUUCUUAUGAACUAACUCCUGAGGCUUCUAGAGGAAGUCAGACAAUGGCAGUGCAAAGCCUGUCCCCGUCUCCCGAGUCCUCGGCAUCACCCGUUCCAUCCACUCAGCCGCAGCUCACAGAAGGCUCACACUUCAUGUGUGUGUAG